ACAGAGUCAGUUUGGCACACAGGUGAGGAGGUUCGCGUGAAGUUUCUUGAGCUUCUUUUGCUUCUUUGUUUAAGCUUCAUCACUGGGCGAGCUGCUUUCUUAACGCCGAAAGAGGAAGGGAAAGGGAAACUCUCCAUCAAAGGAGAAAGCUCUGAAAAUCACAGAAGAUUAACAGAUUUGGAAACCGGGAAUGGCAGACAAUAAGGAAGAAGACCCAGAAACAAUCGCUCCUCAAUGGUACUCUUUGAUUAUGAGAGUGAUGAGCAAAAGAAGAACAUGGGUAUGUCUUUUUGUUCUGGUUUAUGCCCUUCUUUUGUCUUCUUCCUGGAAUUUCCUUGUUUCAAUACUCUCUUGGUACAAAUCCCAAGUGGAAGUUUCUUCUUCUUCUUCCUCUUCUUUUGGGUGGCCUGCGAUUUAUGCUUCUCUGCUUCUUGGGGCAGUUUUUGGGGUUCUUUCCAUGGUGGCUGCACUGGCUGUCAUGGUGCCGGCCACCCUUGUAACUUGGAUCACCAUUGUUGUGCUGCUUUACUUCUUUGGGAAGCCUAAGAGGGCGUUGGUGGUGGAGGGGAGGAAGAUUACUAAGGAGAUUUUUGGGGUUGUGGCUAAGAUUUUGUUGAAGGAAGGGAAUUUGGUGGCUGCUGUUUGUGCUGUUUUGGGGUACUUUGCUUUGUUUAGGAAGAGUAAUGAGAGUUAGAGGCUAAUUUUGGUGGGAUUGCGGGAGGAUUUGGGGGUUUUGAUCAAAUGGGUAUCUCAGAUUUGUGGUGAUUUUGGUGUUGUUUGUUCAUACUUGUAGGUGAAGCGCAAUGCCUGGUUUUAAUGGUUUAGAUCUUUCUUGUAACUUUAGGGUUUAUGGGUUCAUAUGGAUCAUUGCUUUCUCUCCAGAAAUGCUUCAUAAACUUGGGAUUUACAGAUCUCUUUUCUUUGCUAAUGGAUGGAAUACAGGGAGUUUAUACUGAUUCAUGUAAUGAAAUGGUCGAUUUUAGAACAUGGGUUGUCUGGGAUUUGUUCAUAAUGAUAUCACUCAACUGUUUGAUUCAAAGA